AUGUCCAUUUGUUUUAAUCUGUCCUCUAUCUUACUGCCUUAUUCAUUAACGUCUUAUUUUCCUUCACGGUGUCCGCCAUUUUUAAUUCAGAAUCUUUCUCUAUUCCUUCGUAUGUUCAUCUACCUGCAUUCCCUCUUCAUCUUUAUUUUUUCUUCAUCCAUUCGACCGUCUUAUUCGGUUCUUAUUCUAAAAUUUAUUUAUCAUUCUUUCACUUUUUCGCAUUCUUCUUUUACUCAUUUCUUUGGUCUUCCUUCUAAACAAUCUUCGUUAUUCUUUUCCUAUUUUUGUUCUUUCAUACCACCUUCUAAUAUUCUCCUUACUUCUCCAGUUUUCUUCUCCAUUUCCUCCAUUCUUUCUCCAUGUCUCCAUAUCUAUCUAUCUAUCUAUCUAUCUAUCUAUCUAUCUAUCUAUCUAUCUAUCUAUCUAUCUAUCUCAGUCUCUCUAGCUUUCUAUCUAUCUCAGUCUGUCCAUAUCUAUCUAUCUAUCUAUCUAUCUAUCUAUCUAUCUAUCUAUUAUUUACUUUUUUAUAUGUAUGUAUCUUUUUAUUUAUUUCUUCUUUUUUUCUUUUCCACGGCUUUCGUUCUUUCGCAGUUUUUUUCUUACUGGUGUACAUUCUAG